AUGGCCGAGGUUGACAUCAACGGCCUGCUCCAGCUCAUGGUGGAGCCCGGCCUUGCGCCUCUUGUGGCCUCGGAGCUCCGGAACUGUAAGGAUCUGGAGCAGUUCGAGUUGGAGCGCUUGGCAGGGCUCAAUCGCGGAUGGUCAGUGGCGACCUUCGAGAUUGAGGGUCAUCCACCACAGCGCCUGCUCUUCCAAGGCUCUGCCCAGGCAUUCGCUGAAAUGCUUGGGCAUCCCAACAACGCGCCUGGCUUCAAGCUGAAGGCACGUGUUGACGAGGACCCUGACACGGGCGACCGUCGAUAUACCACGCCCGAAACAGGAACGUGGUGGAAUGCCGCUCAGUGUUUGACCGUGUGUCCGUUGCCGCUUUGUCGUGCACUGCAGGAACACUUCGGAUGUUCCGAAGUUGUGGGGGGGAUCAUCCUGUAUUCGGAUGUGACGCACAUGAGCAACAACGGCCGGAAGAAGGCGUGGCCGCUCAUGAUGACGCUCGCCAAUAUCGCCCAGGCCAAGCGUUGGGGGAAAGCCGGGCACACACUUCUUGCCCUCCUUCCUAUCCCUCCGUCUGCAAUGUCUGCCGUGGAGAAGUUUAUGCUCUUCCAGAGAUGCGUCAUCACCGUGCUGCAGCCGCUUCUUGAUGGCAUGGCAAGCGGGUUCCGUCUCAAGGACCCUUUUGGUGAUAGGCAAACCGUGCGGCCCCUGCUGUACGCCUGGGUGUGUGACUACCCUGAGAGCGGCAAGAUCAGUUGCACACUCUCGCAUGGGUCGCGGAUGCCGUGCAGCAUCUGCUAUGCUGCAAAGCAUCUGGGGGCUGUCAAGGCACGGAACACGCCACGCACGCCUGAACAGCAGCAAUGGAUCGUCAACGAGGCGGUUGGGACGACAAAUAGCCAGGACAACCCGUGCAAGACCUACUCUACCUACCCUGUUGAGUGCGUGCUCUGGAAGUGGGAUGUCCCAGGGACCGUGUGGGGCAAUCCCUACCUCGUUAUCAUGCCUGACAUCAUGCACCAGGCGGACCUGGGCAUCAUGAGCCACAUUGUGGCUGUCGUGCGCAAGAUGAAGAAGCGGCGUGUGAAGCAGAUGGACAGGUCAGUGUUUUGGUCUGUGGAUUCGUUGCUCUUUGUCACAUUUACACAAAGUACAAGUGCUGAGCUCUCCCUGAGAUGGUUCUGCCCUUGCGUUGAACUGAUGUAUAUGGGCAGGCGCCUGUCGCUCAUUCGCGAUUGCACGCGCCUGCCGGAGAGCGCCUACUUUGAGACCGGAGCCUGCGUUGCGGCCUAUGAGCACAGGGUCGUCAUGCAGGUAUGA